AUGUAAGGAUUAUCCAAUAGUGAUAAAUUGUAGUUAUAGAAUUUCGGGGCUUUGUAAAUUUUUUCGGAAGAUUCAGAAGGUAAUUUAUACGCUAUUACGGAAAAAAAAAGUCCUUUGAACACUGUUUAGGUGUUCGAAAGUCAAGAUUAUUUAGAUUCAAGUGGGAGUCAUGGAUUGAAAAAUUUCGGGAAAAAUAUUGUUUGCUCAGGACCUUAAAGUGGAAAUUUUUUAAAUGCUUUCAAUUCAAAUGUUUCUAAUGGUGGAAAAGUUGGUAUUAUCCCUACUAUUAAUAAUUAAAGAUUAAUUUUUUAUAUUUCUGUUAGUUAAGAUUAAUAAAGUUAUUAUGAUGGAACAGCUUAUGUAUAAAAAACUUAUAUGAAAAUGAUUUAUAAUCAAUAGGAAAUAUAAAUAUCUGAUAUAGAUUUACCAAAAGGAAUUGAAAUUAAAGAAAAUUUAGCAGCAAGCUAAUCAAUAAAUUAUGGGUUAAAAAUACCUACAAUUAUAAGAAUUAGUGGUACUUUUAAUACCGGGGAAAAAAAUGGUGCUACUGGAAAUGAUUUAAAAUUAGCUGUUAUAGUAGACAAGUCUGUUUAGAAGUUUUUUGGUGUAAAUUAAUUCGAUUUCGUUGAUAAUUAGACAGAAGAAGGGUGUGGAGGAAGUUCUAAAAAAUGCUAUUUCUUUUCUGAUGGCGGAGAUGUAUUGAUUUAGGCAAAUGAUGAUAAUUGGCAACUAUAAUAAUUUAUAGUAUUAGAUUCUAUAAAUUUAGAUAACGAAAUUUAAGCUGUUUUUCCUGUACUUUUGUAUCCUGGAAAAAUUCCUAAAACAAUUAAUUUAGCAAUAAUUUAAUUCAAUUCUUUUAGAAAUAUAGAAGUUUUGAAUACUAUUCGUGUUUUCGGUGCUUCUUUAUAAUUAAUAAAUUUCGCUACUGAUAAUAGAUAUUUCUAAGAUGUAAAUUCUAUUAUUGAUAGUAAUGGAGAUUGGAAUUCUUUAAGUGACUUUUAGAAUUUCGCCUCUUUAAACAAUAUAGUGGCAAGUUAUGGGAUUAAGGAUUUAAAUUAAAUAAGGCCGGUUUAAGAAUUGAAUAGUUUUGUUUUCCUAUCUGAGCAUACAGAUAGUAAUAAUUAAGUUUAAAUAAAUAAUUAACUAAACUAAGGAAGUGGAUUCACUGUUUGUUCCUUGAAAGAAAAUUAUUUCGGUACAAGCGCUUAAAUAGUCGCCUUUGAUGGCAAUAGUAGUCCUUCUAUAAAAUGCAUUUAAUAGUUUAAAUAUAAAGUAGUUUUAUAGAAUAAUCAAUAUUAUAAUUAUUUAACAUAUUGUCCUUAUGAUAAUUUAGGUUAUAUAGAUGGGUAAAUUGGAAAAGGUGUUACUUUUGAUAAAAUAACAUUUCCUUUUUAUUUUGGUUAGUUAUAUCCUUUAGCGGAUACAUUUUCUUAUUCCUGGAGUACAAAAACUGGUUAACUUGUGGCCUUUAAAAAUUAGGCGCUAAGAAUAGGAAACGGGUCUUCCGGAAAUGCUUGCUCAGUUUCUUCUUGGGGAGCUUUUUUUAAAAAUACUUCAAUGUAAUAUAUUUCUAUAGAAGUCAAGCAUAGUAUAAGUAUAUAAAUGAAACUGAAAACUUAAAAAGUUAAAAUAUAGCUCAUUUUAAAUAGUAAACCUCUUGGCAUUUAAUUUUCUACUUCUUGUUAUGCAACUUGCAGUACACCAAAUUGUUAAAUUUCUUAAGAUUUCUUAGACUGUACUUAUCUUGUGGUUGGGGAUAAUAUCGAAUUCGAACUUAAAUUGAAGGAUGAUGUUCCAGUAAUUUUCGAUAAAAAUAGUGUUUAUAGUAUAUUUUUUUGUAUUUCUCAUUAAGAAAGCAUUACUUCAACUUAAAAUUUUACUUCCAAAAUAUUGUUUAAUGGGUUUGUUGUGGAUGAUUGUACUACUGCAGGCAAUAAAAAUAUUCCUAUGGCUACUGCUAAUCCGAGUGGCAAUUAGAAUUAUAUGGAAUUAACUGAUUUUGUUAUUUCUACUCCUAUAUAAGGGGCAAACAGUAAAGUUAGUUGGAAUUUUAAAUUAACGAGAGAUACUAUAAAAGAUACUAUUGUUAGGUUUACUUUAGGAUUUUUAUCAUCUCCUAAAAUGCUAAAUAAUGUAUUUUGUUAGGUCUUGGAAAAUGCAACAUAUAAAAAUUAUUUUCCUGAAGGAGUAUAUUUGAAAGAUGUUGAAAGGUUGAAACCUUCUAAUAAAUUCUCGUAUAUUAAUUAUAAUACAUAGCUUAAUAGUAUUGAUAUAGGAAUGAAAGGAGGAUUUUCAGCUGGAAUCUUUAAAAUGGAAUGCGAAGGAUUUAAAGGACCAGAUGGGGAAAAUUAAACGGAUUUUUAAGCCACUUGGAUUGAUAAUUAAACUUAAAAUAUUAUUAUUUAAUCCACUUUGAAGCCAAUUUAAUAUUAUACUUUGAAUUUAUCCAAAGUCGCUUAUAUUCUUAAAGGUGAAAAUCUUAAAUUAAUUAAUAAAUAUUUUAAUGCCCCUGGUUUCGAUGGAGUAUAUGUGUUUUCUUUUAUACCUUAAUUGACUAAAAUGAGCAUAAAUUCUAGAAUUUAUAUCGAAUUUUCAUAAACUUUUUAGAAAGGACUUAUUGGAUAAGGUUAUUUCCCAUAAUUUGUAGCUGGUGUAUAAUAACCCCAAACACUUUCAAAUUAUAAUAAUAUAUGGUUCGCUAUUGAUUCAGAUGAUAACAUUCUAAACGGAAUCUAAGAAUAAGGAGAUGUUUCAGAUGUAGAAAUUUAAAUUCAAUCAAUUGAUUAUUUAUAAGAUGCUGUAUUUGCAAUGAAUGAUUAUAAUUAAGUAAAUUAGGCUCGAUAUUGGAUGCAAAUAUUUUAUUUGAAGUCUCCAGAUUAUAUUAUAGAUGAAUAGUUCCCAAUUGAAUUUCAAUUUUUUAUCACAGAUAGCACUCUCAGACGUAUUUUAUUCGAUUUUUCACCUUCAUAAGCUACUUAUCCCCAAAUUCUUGCAUUUUAAAAGCCUCGAUAGGAUUAAAAACUACUCCAAUGGUACACAUAUAACCCAACAGAAAACAACCAAUUAAUUGUUAAGCCUUUUAAAGGUCGAGAAAUCCUCAUGUUUAUUAAAAUUUAUCGCGGCAUAAUACAAAAAGAUAAAAAAAUACGCCUUUAAAUCGAAUAAGGAACAUAUUUUAAUGAAGAUAUGGAACUUUAUUUUGAUGAAGAAAAAAGUUUCAAGAAAUUCAAGAUUUUCACUGGCUAAAACAAAACGGAAGAAAGUUCAAACAUAAAAAUCUACACUGGAGAUAUUUUCCUCGAAUUUUAUAUAGGGGGAAAAAUAACGACUGCACCGAAUAUAUAUUUCCUUUCUUUGAAAAAGAAAGCACUUUUUGUACCUUUUGAAUAACCCGAAAUUUCCCCUUUACCAACUUUGGUCUUGCUUUUGUUAUAAACUUAGUGUAUUAUUUAUUUGCCUUUUUAAAAAAUUGAUGUUCCUUAAGGGGCUUUUUCUACAGAAAUUUAUAUAAAUUUUCCAGCUUGUGUACCCUCUGAUCAUAUUAUUAUUAGUGUUUAAAUUUUAGAAAAUGUCCAGAAUAAUGAAAUUUAAAUUUUGGGACCUACGAGGGCCUUUGUGGGGUAUAAAUAUGCACAUUUUGCGUCAUUUUAGGUCGGAGUUAGUUAAAAUGCAUAAUUAGAUAAAACAAAUAUAAGAGCAAUAGUUUGUGGAGGAGAUGGAUCAUUAAUGUGGGUAGUCAGUCAAAUUAUAUAAUAAGGAUGUGAUAUCGAAUAAUGUCCAAUUGGAGUAGUCCCUAUUGGUACAGGAAAUGAUUUUUCGAGAGUAUUAGGAUGGGGAGGAAAUAGUCCUUCUGAGUUAAUAGGAAAAAAUAUGGAAACAUUAAAAAAAAUGACUCUUAAAUGGAUUUAAUCAAUUAUUGAAGAAUUUGAUAUUUGGGAUAUUAAAGUUGAAACUUUAGAAGUAAAAAAAUAUGAAUAUUAAAUAAAAAAAGAAUAUAAAAAAUUAAUAAAGAAUGGACAUUUUAAAAAAAUAGAAAAAAUAUUAAAAAAUGGAAAAACAGUUUUAUAAAAAUAAAUUAUGCAAUAAAAAAAUUCUGAAGAUAAAUUAGAAAAUAUUCAUGUAUUGAGGCAUAAACUAAGCAAUUAUAUGAGUGUAGGUGCUGAUGCUAGAAUAGGGUUUGGAUUUGAUAAAAAUAGAACCAAGAGUACUUGUGUUAAUAAAAUGAUUUAUUGUUGGGAAGGAUUUAAAAAAAAUUUUUUAAAAACAUUAAAGAUGGAUAAAGUAUUAUAAGGAUUAUAAUAAAUAUAACCUGAUGAUAUAGAAAGCGAUGAAGUAUAAAUUGUUUUUUUAUAAUAACAAUAAAAUAAUAAUUCUAAUAGUAAAAAAAUUAUAAUUUUUAAAAUAUUUACCAAAUUUUUUAAUUAAUUUAAAGAAAUAAACAUCGAUGAUAUUGUAUUAAAAGGAGAUCCUAUAAAUAUAUUACUUUUAAAUAUAAAUAGUUAUUCAUAAGGUGUAUAUGAUAUAUGGAAAAACUGCAGAAAUAAAUUAGCUCUUUAAAAAAACAAUAAUAAGCCAAUAAAAGAUACUUUUUAAGAAUAAAAUUUCGGAGAUGGAAAAAUUGAAUUUUUAUCUUUUUAUUCUAUUAAUAGUAUUGGAAUGGAAAGAAUAAUAAAAGGACAAGCACAUAGGGUUGGGUAAGGAGGCGGCCCUUUUAUUCUAAGAUUUAAUAAAGAAAAUAAUAAUAAAUAACCUAUUGUUACAUAUUUUUAAAUAGACGGAGAAUAUUAUUAAGUUGUUUCACCUAAAUGCAUAAAAAUUAGUAAAUGUAAAUAAUUACCAAGAGGAAAGAUUAAAGUUAUGGUAGAAAGUUCUUCCGUUUAAACAAAAGUUUGA